AUUCUGUGCUUGUUUGGUGCGACUUGGCAACUCCUUGGCUUUCUUCAGCUCCGCAACAAACCCUGAUCAUUUCAAAACACCAUAGAAAAACUGCAGAUAGACGAUCCUGUGACCCGAUCAAGCCGAUCAAAGCUGAUAUACGAUCUUUACAUCAACUCUCUGUUUAAUUGUACCAAUUCGGGAUCAAGAUCUGAUGAGCUCAUCGGAACCAUUUGUUAGAAGGUUUGAACGCACUCAUAGAAAAGUUCAGUUGUUAGAUUGAAAGAGAAUUCAACUCAAAUGCCGGAGGAGGAUUUGGUUGAUAUAAAGUUCAGGUUGUACGACGGGUCUGAUAUAGGGCCUUUCCGGUACUCUUCGGCAUCAACCGUCGACAUGUUAAGGCAGAGAAUUGUAUCCGAUUGGCCCAAAGGAAAAACAAUUACACCAAAGACAGUGAAUGAAGUCAAACUGAUAAGCUCUGGUAAAAUUUUGGAUAACAGCAAGACAGUUGAUCAGUGCAAAACACCAUUUGGUGAUCAAGGUGGGGGAGUAAUCAUUAUACAUGUUGUUGUACAGCCAUCCCUAGCAAAAACUAAAACAGAAAAGAAGGUCGAUGAUUCGCCCAGGAAAAUUGUUUGUUCGUGUUCCAUAUUGUGAUGGCACAAGGUACUCAGAUUUCUUCAUUGUUAACAGGAAGCAUCGUGCAGUGAUCAUGUUUUUCUGUGUCUAUACCAUAUUCGUUUUUUCUUUUUCUUUUUUCUCUUUUGGUUCACUCCUUAUUACAUAGCUUGAAUGAUUUAUAGCAGUAUGGAAAGCUGUAUAGCUCUAUUGAUGUAAAAGCAAAUGCCGCGAACAAAUGUACAUGAAAAAUGCUCUGCGUUCAAUUCUGUUACGCAUCACCAAACUUUGACGUGUGGACCAUGUGGUUUAUAACUUUAUAUACGGCUGCCUCUCAUUCGGGUCGA